AUGGAAUUAACGAAAACUAAAUAAGCAUUAACUUUAAGCUAGAAAUCUUAUGAAGUAAGAUUGAAGUGGAGCAAUCAUGACUCUUAAGAUUAGUAAAAUAAUGAUUUAGAUUUACAGUGCAUCAUUAUGGAUGAUCUCUCAUAAAUAGAGGAUGUUGUUUACUAUAAUUAGUAAAUCUCAACUAUUGCAGAUGUUAAACUCUAAGGAGAUUAAAGAGGAACAGAUCAAAAAGCUUAAAAAGAGAUAAUAAAAAUAAACUUAUCUAAUUGUAGUUAUGGUAUUAAAUACUUAGCUAUUUUAAUUUCCUCUCAUGAUGGAAUUACACUUAACAAACUUAAAUCAGCUGAUUUAGAAGUAGUGGAAAAUGAUAAGUCUAUAUUAAGCGUUUCAAUUACGAAUGAAGAAUAGGCCCUCUCUUAUUUGCCAUGUAUUUUUGAAAAAUAGUUUGAUGGUACUUGGGUACUUCAUUAAACUAAAGUAUUUGAUAAAGUAGGAAAAACAUUUAUUGAGUGUGAAAAAAUAGUAAAAUAAGGGUUACUAUAAUCUGGUUUUGAUGAAGGAAUCUUGUUAGAAGCAAAAAAUUGGAAGGGUAAUAAAGCUUUCAAUUUAAAAAAGGAUGAUGUUUUAAUUAUCCCAGAUAAUAUCGCAGAUAAUGAAAUAUUUGUUGGUCUUGGUUGGGAUACCAAAUGUGACAUAGAUUCUUCGAUUCUAACUUUUGACAAGGAAGGAAAUAUGAUAGAAAAUAUAUAUUUUGGAAAUCUGAGAAGUAACAACUAAUCUAUUAUCCAUCAUGGAGAUAAUUUAACAGGAGUAGGAGAAGGCGAUGAUGAAGUGAUAAGUAUCCAUCUUAAACAGGUAGAUUAAAAAGUGGAAACAAUUUGGUCUUGUAUUACUGUAUUUACUUAAGGAAAAUCUUUUAGUGAUAUCUCUGGAGCUUUUUGUAGAUUGGUAGAUAAAAAUUCGAAGAAAGAAUUUUGUAGAUACAACAUAUCUAAUAAAUCUUCUAAGCACUCUGAAUACAAUGGUUGUAUUUUAGUUUGCAUUAAGAGAUACAAAAAUAAUUGUUGGGCCAUUCAACCAAAAGGGUUCUUGAUGAAAGGAACAAGUCGCUCGAGUGAACUUCCACCAAAAAUUUAUAGUAUUUUAAACAACGAUCUUAGUGAUAUAGAAAUUCUGAAAGAAGAGAAUCAUCAUUAGCCAAAAUAAUAAUAAGCAUAAUCAAACUUUGGUAAAAAAUUCUAUUUAUCAUAAAUAAAGGGAGUUAAUUUAUUAGGAUCAAACUCUAAAAAAAUAAAUCCUUACAUAAUUAUCUUUUAAAAUGAAAUGAAAAUACUUAAAACUUCUGUAGUAAAUAUAAAAGAUGUUACUUGUUGGUCUGAAUCAUUAUAACUGUAUCUAAAAGAAGGAGAUACUAUAUAUUUUAAAGUAUAUGGCAAAAAUGUUUGCUGUUUUGAUACUUUUUUAGGAUAGUCUUAAUUUAAAAUUACAAGAGAGAUUCUAGAAAUAAAAGAUGAAUAAAAUUACAACAUUUAAGUCACAGAUUCUCAACAAAAAUAUAAUUAAAAUUUGUAAAGUUAGUUUUAAUUUAAUCUAAUAUAACAAUCUUGA